GUAAAGCGUAAGUACAGAAUAGCACCAACCUCGAUUUUCUUGGAAGGACGAAGAAUAAACUCUGGGUUGGCACUCAUUGAGGGAAGACAGAAAGAUUCAGAAAAAGACGAUGUGAAGAUAUUUACUAGAUCCCAGGUAGAUGCAGAGCUGGCCAAGAUGAGACACAUGACUGCAAAAGAGGCUGCUGCUGCUGCUGCGCGGGCAGUUGCAGAGGCGGAAGCGGCCAUGGCUGAAGCUGAAGAAGCAACAGGAGAGGCGGAAGCGGCAGAAGCUGAUGCGGAAGCAGCACAAGCCUUUGCUGAGGCAGCGAUGAUGACGUUGAAUGGCAGAAACUAUUCAAAUCUGAUGGUCCAUGCGUGACUGAAUCCUCAGAAAUAGGGCCAAUGCAGCGAAGGAGAUGAAUGUUGAGUUUUUAUCAUGACUUUUGAUGAAUGCAUAGAUGCUUUCCCGUUUCGUUUCUUCGUCUGUAAAUAUGGUAAGACUUGUAUAGUGAAAAAAUUCAGUGUUCCUUUCAUGCUGUUGGAUUUUGGCUGACGGAUAGGUCUCUGAAUCACAAACUCCAUGCAUAGAGGUUUCUCUGAGAACAAUUUCAUUGGUUAAAUUUGGGCUUUUGGUCAGAGCAUUGGGAAACUAGAAUGCAGCGAAACAUAGAAACUCAAAAACAUUUGGAAGAUAUAUAUAUAUAUAUAUAUAUAUACCUCUUUGGUUAUUUUGGAUGCAAGGAAGGUGAUAUUACCUUGGGAAGUUGAGAAUUGAGUGUACUUUUGAAUAAUACAUCGGCUGUGUGUUUUGUUACUAGUAAAUGAAAUGGCACCUGUUUUGGCUUCUGAUCUGAAA